CGCCCUAUUCAUCGAUUCAGCAUUCCGAGUCAUUCCCGAGGGAGUCCGUCUCCUAACGAUUGAGCUUUGAGUCGAUCGAGCUACGAGGAUACCCAACAUCGAUCCAAAGGACAGACCUAGGAUGAUUCAACCCAAGAGAGAUCCAAACCAUGUAAAUAGCUAUGUUAGUGGUUAGUUUAGGUUGGUUAGUUUAGUUUUAUUAAUCACUAUCCUAGGUUGGCUAGAUAACGAACCCUAAACCAAAGUAGGGUAAGCCUAGAUCCUCGUGGUACGAUAUUUUAUUAUUGCUUGCUUGCCCUAUGCUACACCCGGUCGUCGGUUAUACUUGGCAUUCGAUCGGGAUGUUGUAGUUGGAAUGAGUCAAGUUUUUGGCGUUGUUGCCGGGGAACACAUUCUAGGUUAUUUGAAAAAGGCUUAGGUCGUUACUUUAGUCGUUUUGUGUUUUGUUUAUCCACUCUUCACUUGAAGGGUGGUUUGUGGUUGUUUGAUUUUCUCUUUGUACUUUUGUCAUUGUAGGUUGAAUCAUGGAACCUAAUGGCUUCUUGACUCACUUCUACUGUCACUCCAGGAAUUGGCCAAGUGAACCACUUCCUAAAGCGUAGUAUAGCGGGCUUGGGUUUAAAUGUCAACCCGGGUCCUAGAUUUGAUGACUACUCGGUGAAUUCUUGUUAUCUAGCAAUGAAACUUUAAUGCAAGUCUAAACUAACAAACUAACAAAGCAAGUAAACUGUUGUAUUCAGGUUAAGAGAGGUCACCCGGAUAUGGUUCCCCCUAGACUGCAGUUAAGCCGGAUUGUAAUUACCAAGUUCAGUUUCUAUGAUAGUUAUACUGCGGAAGGUUCUUAAACAGCCUGAAGUCUCGACUAAAGGUCUUCAGACCCUCUCAAUCUGAGUCUCUAGCGGGCGACUAACCUCCACCGGAGUAAACAGAUUGAGGCCCUAUGAACAAAACCUCCACUACCGAAGUAAAUCCGGUACAGAAUAGUGAGUUGGCUCCUCGACUAAAGUCACUCAACUCCCUACCUUCAAUCAAGGAUGCUCUAUCAACCUAGGCAGAUAUUCUCAUUCUAGGUUAAAGCAGAAACAACAGGAAUUUGAUCAGGAUUCAAGUCAUUCAAUCAUUCAAACCUCAAUCGAAUAUAAACAAAUCAUAGAAUCAGUACUUGGGUUCAUAAAAUCAAACCUAACAUACAAAUCUAGGGUUCUCCAUACCCAUAUGAAUGGGAGAACUACUCCAUGGAGAAAGAAGCAAAAGCAGAAUCAGACGCGGAAUUCAUACUGUGAAGGAUGGAUUCCAGCUCCUAGACGUUGAUCGGCACUUCUCCAAGCUCAAACUGGCCUCCAAUGGUGAUGAAGAUCAAGCUAGGGCACUUGGAGACUCUUGUUCGUCGCUUUCUCUCUCUAGGAAUCGCUCUAUCUCUCUAAAACUCGAAUCCCCCUCUGUUUUGGCUAAAAUCGGCUUAAAAGGGCAUCAGUGGCCAAAGCACGGUCGAGGGCACGGCCGUGCUUUGCCUCAGCCCGCCCGUGCUUUGGCUAGGGUUAAUUACACGGCCAGUGCGUUGGGGGAAACACGGGCGUGUUUGAUGAUGGACACGGCCGUGCUUGUGGUGGCCACGGCCGUGCUUUGUCUAAGCCCUGCCCGUGUUUUUAGCCAAUGUUUGCCAAACUCGAAUUUUCUCUCGGCAGUAAAAGCACGGCCACAAAACACGGCCGUGUUCUGUUUUAGGUGUGCCCGUGUUUUGGCUCCAGCUCGACGAAAUGACUUCCGAAUGCCCCGAAACUCGUGCUUAGCCUUUCCUUUGACGCCUGGGACCUGUAAUAUGACAAAAUAGCACAACCCGGCGUAAGAUAGGCCAAAAAUACACGACUAUGCCCCUCAAACGGAUAAGAACUAGGGGCGCAAAUAUGUGCAAUUACAUCGUUAUCAAAUUCCCCCACACUUAACCAUUUGCUUGUCCCUAAGCAAACCAAGUCAGACACAAGGGAAGCUCAAAACAGGGCAUGUCAUAUCGGCACAAAACACGUGGAUCAUACUGGCUUUCGAUCAGUAACACAUGGACAACUUCAAUGACAACCUAGACAAUCACCACAGAUGACAUUCGAAUGCAGUAAAAUCGAGCAAAGGAAGAGUCUCCCUUCUGUUCACCCACCAACAUAGACUUGACUCAACCACUUGUUCAAAACAGUCACGUCAUGCACAAAGUUCAAGAUAUCAGAAUUAAGACCGAGCAAUCUAGGUCCUCACCAGGAUAAAGAGUAUAGAGAAUAAGAGAAAAUGAAUCGCUCACUCUCGACCAGUGGGGUCAGGACAAUAUGAUGCGAAAAAUGCGCAUGCUUAAUCUCUCAAUCCCUAACAUCUCUUCAUCAUGAAUGCAGCCUCUAGGUGCUAGAGUUCACAUAUGGGGUGUCAUCACUAACUAAUCCGGAGGUCUUAGACACAGGUUCAGAUAACUGGCUAGGGUCUUGGACAUGGGGAAAAGGCCUUUUAGGUGGUGGAAGUAUUCAUACAGCACAAGGUUCCACAUUUCCAAACCCAACAGACUCACAAUCAAUCAAACCAAUAACUUUCUUUCUGCUAUUCUGCAUUACUCAAGUUCAAAGCACAAGAGCGAAGGAGGUUACAUAAAUGCUAGUAUUUCUAAGCCAUACUGCUAAGAACACUACUACAUGGGCAUUAUUCAGAUUUUUGGUGGUGGCUCUCUUUUGCUUCCAUUUUUUUCUUUGUUUUUCUUUCAUUAUUUUUCAUUUCAUAAGAGAACCACCGCCUCUCCACAUUUUCAAACACCUGCCCAACUUUUAAGCACUACCUCCAACCCUCACAUUACAUUUAGCAGAAACAGCAGAGAACAUGUAAAAAUCACUCUGUGGAACCUUCUAAAAGAUGCAAAAGGGUGAAUUUUCAUUGAAGACCGAAAGAAAGAAAACACAUGGCUCAAAGGGGCUGACUAGGGGUAUGACACACCAGGACAGUCAAUUUGGUCGUGGGCUAAUCCUAUGCCUCCAUCAUCUUAGCUAAUGGCGACCUGAAUGCUGCACAUCGUGGAAGAGGAAACUAUCGCGCAAGAAAGAAACGAGCAGGCUCAAAUCUCACAUGGCUACCUAUAUGCUCUAUCUCUCGUCCCAAGAGGUGAUGGACAAUGGGGGCUGGGUCUCCAACCACCGCUUAGCAUUCCCCGCCAGAGAAUGGGGGAAGAGAUGAAGGCGGAUCGCAUCAUCAGGAACACCGUUCAGCUUGAACCCGUUUGUCAGCUGCAGAAAACGGGACAGAUGCACCCUGGCCUCCUCAUCCUUCAAGCCAUGGAACUGGAUAGAGGAUGUGAUGAGCUGAAUCCAGCAUGGCUUGAUCUCGAAGUUGUUUGCUGGAAUAGGCGGGUAGAGGAUGACCGGGCGGAUGUCAGCAAUCCGAGGAGUGUAGUAGUAUUCCUAGGUGGGACCCGGCUGCGGUGGAUGAUGAACUCCAUGAUCCUGGGGUAUGGGGUUGUUCCCCAGGACCUGAUUCACCGGGGGAACCUGCUGAGGAUUCCCCUGGUGCUGAUUGUAGUCUCCGUCCAUCCCGUACUCUUCUUCAGAAUCGCUACUCAGGUGGCCGUCUAUGCGCUCUUCCGUAGCCAGUCUAGCUCGCUGUUGUCUCCUGAGCUGGCGACAGGUGCGAUCAAUCUCUGGAUUCAACGGCAGUAAACCUCCUGACUGGCUACGGGUCAUGCACUACCUGCACACACUCAAGCAAGCAAACCCGUGAAGGCACAAGUGGGACAAAGCAAACAAAGCAAAAAGAAAAGCAAAAUUAACAUAAAUCACUUUUCUCCAACAACCUAGCCGUCCCCGGCAACGGCGCCAAAAACUUGACUCACUUCUACUGUCACCCUAGGAAUUGGCCAAGUGAAACCACUUCCUAAAGCGUAGUAUAGCGGGUUUAGGUUUAAAUGUCAACCCGGGUCCUAGAUUUGAUGACUACUCAGUGAAUUCUUGUUAUCUAGCAAUGAAACUGGAAUGCAAGUCUAAACUAACAAAGUAACAAAGCAAGUAAACUGUUGUAUUCAGGUUAAGAGAGGUCACCCAGAUAUGGUUCCCCCUAGACUACAGUUAAGCCGGAUUGUAAUUACCAAGUUCAGUUUCUAUGAUAGUUAUACUGCGGAAGGUUCUUAAACAGCCUGAAGUCUCGACUAAAGGUCUUCAGACCCUCUCAAUCUGAGUCUCUAGCGGGCGACUAACCUCCAACGGAGUAAACAGAUUGAGGCUUUAACAAACAAAACCUCCACUACCGGAGUAAAUCCGGUACAGUCUAGUGAGUUGGCUCCUCGACUAAAGUCACCAACUCCCUACCUUCAAUCAAGGAUGCUCUAUCAACCUAGGCAGAUAUUCUCAUUCUAGGUUAAAGCAGAAACAACAGGAAUUUGAUCAGGAUUCAAGUCAUUCAAUCAUUAAUCCUCAAUCGAAUAUAAUCAAUCAUAGAAUCAGUAGUUGGGUUCAUACAAUCUAAGCCUAACAUACAAAUCUAGGGUUCUCCAUACCCAGAUGAAUGGGAGAAUUACUCCAUGGUGAAAGAAGCAAAAGCAGAAUCAGACAUGGAAUUCAUACUGUGAAGGAUGGAUUCCUGCUCCUGGACGUUGAUCGGCACUUCUCCAAGCUCAAACUGGAGACUCUUGUUCGUCGCUUUCUCUCUCUAGGAACUGAUCUCUCUCUCUAAAACUCGAAUCCCCUCGACUUGUGGCUGAAAAUCUGCUUAAAAGCAGAAAAUCCCGACUCACACGGCCAGGGUGGCACGGCCGUGUGGCUUACCUAGUUGCCCGUGUUAGUCAAAACGCUGCGUUCCAAUUAGUUCGAUCUUCAGGCUUCUUACACGGCCAGGGUCGCACGGCCGUGUGAGAUUUCCAUCUGCCCGUGUUUGCUCUCGGCGAAACUCGCACGGCCAAACCACUCCUUCACACGGCCGUGUGAACAUCAGGGCAAGCCGUGUUUGCUCUCGCACAAUCUCACACGGCCAAAGUGGUCACUUGCACGGCCGUGUGAGUUGUGGGUGUGCCCGUGUGACUUCCUUUGUGACUUGUCUCGCGCCCGAUCUUCGUCCAAUCGACCCCGAACUCACUCCUAAACCUUCAUUCACUUGCCAGGACCUGAAAUAUCACAAACAAGCACAACCUAGCGUGAAAUCGGUCUAAAACACGAGAAACCACAUCUCAAACGGUGUAAGAACAGGGGUGAAAACAUGUGUAAUUAACGGUCUAUCAAACUCCCCCCACACUUAACAGUUUGCUUGUCCCCAAGCAAACCUAACUCAAACCAAUGCAACUCUCCAGACCUCUAUAGCAACAAACAACCCAGAUCGUAGGUAGAGGACUUCCUUGAUCAUUUAGCAGCUUACGAGGUCAACCGACGCACAAGUCAUCUCAUAGCUUCAUCGGCGAAAGCACUAGUAUCGAGUCGGCAUCAUGGCAAACAGUGAACAGAGGACAAAUGAAUUGUGGAUGAAGAGAUUCUCGAAAACAAAGGAUCAUGGACUCA